ACUCAGCCGUUAGUCGUUCGCGAGCCGCGGAGAGGGAGAGACGCGCGUCGUGUUCAAACAGACUUCGUACGAUAUCGCACGUAUAACGAUGGACGUGCUACCCAGUGGCAAUCUUUUCCGCGAACUUCAAGACGUCACCGAUACCGGCUACUUCGAGUGGAAGCUGUCCCUGGAGGACUACUGGCAACAGACAUGCUACGAAAUGGAAAGAUACCUGCGCGAGGAACCCAGGGCGUUGAAGAGGCGCGACGCCCAGGACGAAGACUGGGCUAGGACUCAAACUAAAGCGGGAUCGCCAGCCUCGCCUGCGCCCGCAACGCCGGCUUUAGCGCCCACUCCGCAGUCCCCGCCGACUCCGCCCUCGCUGUCGACGCUGCCACAGCUGACGGCGCCUCCAUCGCUGCCGGUGCUGGUGUCUCCGCCCACGCCACCCGCGUCGCCGACUCUCGCGCUUAUUCCAGCACCACGUCUCUUCACCGUGACUGUUGUAAAGGCGGAGCUAACGCGCGAUCCGGAGGAGCCUCGAGUUACUCCAGUUGCUAAAGUCGAGGUGCCGAUGAAAGUUCCGAUGCCGCCGAUGGCCGCCCCGGUCCGGCGGGCGCACGCGCCGCGUCUGCCACACCCGCACGCGGCCGACCCGCGCCGCCGCAUCCACCGCUGCGAGUUCCCUUCCUGCGACAAAGUGUACACGAAGAGCUCGCACCUGAAGGCGCACAAGCGCACUCACACCGGUGAGAAGCCGUACAAAUGCUCGUGGGAGGGAUGCGAGUGGCGUUUCGCGCGCUCGGACGAGCUCACCCGCCACUACCGCAAGCACACCGGGGCGAAGCCCUUCCGCUGCCGGCACUGCGACCGGUGCUUCUCGCGCUCCGACCACCUGGCGCUCCACGCCAAGCGCCACGCGUAGACAGCCCGCGCGAGGCUGCUCCCGCCGCCCGCCACCGCCACAACCGACGCCCCCACUGUAAGCGAUUUGUUAGCACGUCGUCUUGAGUCGCUAUCCACGCGUACGGAUUGUGGACGCACUCGACCAGCGGAGGGGCGGGCCCGCGGAUCGCUGCAAGCCAAAGAUACCGCCGCAUGUAGCGCGGACGAGUCCACACUCAUCGCACCCGAUGCUUUAAACUUAUUUUUUAUUUAGUUAGUUAUCGUGAGCUGAGAAUGUAAUUUGGGAAAUCUCUUUAUUUGAAUGUUUCGGCACUGGCCUCUUUUGUCGUUACUUUUGUUGCGUUAAGAGAACUUUUAUAUUUGCCGUUGUUUAUUGUGUAAUGUUUUUUGUAAGCUUCGCGUAGGGAUGUUUGUUUGCGACGCGCGUCGCAUGGCUGCGCGCGUCCUUGUUGUGCCAUCGCCGGUCUCCCGCCGGUCUGCAUUUCGGAUCACCCGACAUAUGACAUUAUUUAUUGGUUCGCGGGAUACAGGCACGUUCCCACCGACGCGGACGAGCUCGGCACAUUAUUAGCGUUUAGUAGGAAGUGCGUCGUUACCUGACGCGUCGAUGCCGCGUAUCAGUUAUCCCGCGGCGACAGCGCUAUGUACCAUCUUAUGAAAAUCGUGUUAUUUUGUCAAUAACCUUAUGUACUGCGCCGUACGGUUCUCGUUGUGAAUUAGAAUGUGCUCAUGUGUUCACGGAAUGACUGAUACAUGGCAUCGACGUUAUUAUUUGUGUAUUCGUUUAUUAGCUUAGUAUAUAGCACGUUACCUUGUAUUGAUCGGAAUCGGCCAGUUAUACGUCUCGCUGAUUCAGUUAUCAGCCGAAAAUUAUUCGACAUAUUAUUAUUAUAUUUAAGCUUUCUCUUUACUCUUUCAUUCCGUUAUAUGAUGCAGUAUAUAUUUAAAUAUUUAGAUCUAAUGCGUAAUGUAUUGUGACUUUAUUGUUUAUAAUGGUGUCUAAACAAGAGGAUCGAAAAUUUUGUAUCUUACGCGACAUUCGAGUCGCUCUUUGUAAAAUGAGGAGACACCUCUAUGAUGAUUCUGUUGUGUCGUCUAAAAUGUCAGCUUGGUCAAACAUCAUUUUGACAUACCGCUAGUGACGUCGUUAACACAGCCGUAGUUUUUAUUUAUUUUAAAUAAAUAUAAUGUACUCUGUCAUAUUUAAUUCGCAAAUUACAAGUAGAUACAGCGUUAGAUUAUUACCAGCCUUUUAUUAGUAUUUAGAGAAUUGCUUUUAUCGUCGCCUAUGAUAGGUUUAUGAAAUUAUGUAAUAAAAAAAUUGGGACACCCUAAUAUUAUUAUGGCCAAUGAAUAGCCAAGUUUUUUGAUGAAAAAAAAAAUCUUUUAAAUAAAACUUUUAAUGCAUGCAUUUUAAUGUUACGAAUACUUUAGUGACGCGCGUGAAUGGUGGUGUAUUUCAUUCUCUUUCUCCAUUAAAAAUUUACGAUUUGGAUGAAUGAAAUCAAAUUUUGUUUUGAGAUUGUACUGACUGACAUCCCAGUCGACCUAGUGCUUUGACGGGUCACGUGAAAUGUGUCAAAUAUUUGAAUAAAGUAUUUUAUUGUAAUAAUAUAUAAUAAUAAUGUAUUUAGAAUUUAAUCACAUUUUAUCAUUAAAAUUAAUUAAAUUGUAUAAUCAAAUAUAUAAAUUAUUAUUCGUAAAAGAGAAUUUAAAAACUCAAGUCCGUUACAAUCGAAUCGUAUGCACUGGAUCAAAUAUACAUCAGAACCCGUUCGUACAUUUGUCUUAAUGAAAUUACUCAUUAUCAAAAUAAUAUUUAUCAAAAAAGCUGAUGUGAACUCAAAAUAAAAAAAAAACGAUUAUUUCCACUUACUAAUAUAAAUAUUUAUAUAUAAUAACCUAACAAUAAACAUAGAACAACGACUGCUUGUUAGAACUGCCAUAUUAAAA